AUGACUAGCUUCCGCCGCCUCGCUCUGGCUCUUGGAGCUCUGCUCCCCGCUGUCCUCGCUGCUCCUGCCGAUAUCCUCUCCAAGCGACAGGCUGUCCCCGACAAGUACAUCAUCACCCUCAAGCCUGAUGCCUCUGACUCCUCUGUUGCGGCUCACUUGAACUGGGUCGGCGAUGUCCACCGCCGCAGCCUCAACAAGCGUGACACUUCCGGUGUUGAGAAGACCUUCAACAUCAGCAGCUGGAGCGCUUACUCUGGCGAGUUCGACAAGUCCACCAUUGCUGAGAUCAAGAAGAGCCCUGAGGUUGCCUUCGUUGAACCUGACUACACUAUGUACCUCAGCUACGAGGAGUCUGAGCCCGAGCUUACUGACCGUGCUCUGACUACCCAGUCUGGUGCCCCAUGGGGUCUCGGUACGAUCUCUCACCGAACCUCCGGCUCUACCAGCUACAUCUACGACACCACUGCCGGCCAAGGCUCUUACGCCUACGUCGUUGACAGCGGUGUCCAGGUCAGCCACACCAACUUCGGUGGCCGUGCUUCUCUUGGUUACAACGCUGUUGGUGGUGCUCACGAGGAUACCCUCGGUCACGGUACUCACGUUGCCGGUACCAUCGCUAGUUCUACCUACGGUGUCGCCAAGCGGGCCAACAUCAUCUCCGUCAAGGUCUUCGCUGGCAAUUCGGGAUCUACCUCCACUAUCCUUGCUGGCUUCAACUGGGCUGUCAACGACAUCACCUCCAAGAGCCGUGCUGGCCGCUCUGUCAUCAACCUGUCUCUCGGCGGUCCCGCUUCUCAGACCUGGACCUCUGCCAUCAACGCUGCCUACAACUCUGGUGUCCUUUCUGUUGUUGCUGCCGGUAACGGUGAUGAUUUCGGCCGACCUCUCCCCGUCUCUGGCCAGUCUCCUGCCAACGCUCCUAACGCUCUAACCGUUGCUGCCAUUGACUCCAGCUGGCGCCCUGCUUCUUUCACCAACUACGGUGCUGGUGUCGAUGUCUUCGGCCCUGGUGUCAACAUCCUCUCCACCUGGAUCGGCUCCAACUCUGCUACCAACACCAUCAGCGGUACCUCCAUGGCCUGCCCUCACGUUGCCGGUCUUGCUCUGUACCUCCAGGUUCUUGAGGGUCUCUCUACCCCUGCCUCCGUUACCAACCGUAUCAAGUCUCUUGCCACUACUGGCAGAAUCACUGGCACUCUCAGUGGCUCUCCUAACAGCGUUGCCUACAACGGCAACGGUGCUUAA